AUGGCGCAAGCAGUGGAGCAAAGCCCUUACUUCGCUGAACGAAGAGCGAAUGGCAGUCUCAUUGUCUCAGACGCUCCCAAGUUUGAUCUGGACAGCUACGCCGCCAACUAUGACCGUACGUCUACAUGUCCACAUCACUACUAUUGCCUCAGCUCACAAGUCACUACAGAACACACUCGAGUAAACCGCCUCAGCAAUAUUGCCCACUUGUGCCCGCCGCUGGCCCUUGACGCCCUUCACUUGGCCAUCCCCGCAUCCAAGAACGCAAAGGACACCCAGCAAUACCUCGAUCUCACAAAACUGCUCUCUCAGAUCAGCCCUGACGACGACCUGGCCCAAGUCGAUACCGCAUGGGUCGAGAAGACCAACAAGCUGAACGAGCAUGAGACGGAACGCCUGGAAAACGAGCUUCGCGGCUACAAGAACAACCUCAUCAAGGAGAGCAUCAGAAUGGGCCAGGAAGACCUAGGCACCCACUUUCUCAACAUGAACAGACUGGAACAGGCAACAAAGGCUUACCACAAGAUGCGCGAGUUCUGCACCACUCCCAAGCACAUUGCCGAGAUGACCCUCAAGCUGGCAUACAUUAACAUUGUUACUCCCAACUGGAUCUCGGCCGUCUCGUCUGCUCAGAAGGCUCGCUCCCUGACACUCCGUCCUGAGGAUAAGCCCCGCUUCGAUUCUGUCUCUCAAGCAUGUACUGGUCUGGGUUACCUUGGCUCUGGUAACUACGCUCCUGCCGCAUACGCCUUCCUCGCGGUCGACCCCUCAUACGCCAGCGUCGGCCCCGUCGCAAACAUCGAUUUCUCCCGCUCUGUCAUGACCGCCAACGACAUAGCCGUAUACGGAGGUCUCUGUGCCCUAGCCUCCAUGGACCGCCAACAACUCCAAGACUCCGUCCUCGAAAACGCAAACUUCCGCAACUUCCUCGAGCUGGAACCACACAUCCGUCGCGCAAUCUCUUUCUUCUGUGGUGCAAAGUACAGUCAGUGUCUAGCUAUUCUCGAAGCUUACCGUAACGAUUACUUGCUCGAUAUCUUCCUUGGUCCUCACGUCAAUAUGCUGUACCACUUGAUUCGCAGCAAGAGCAUCGUUCAAUACUUUGUCCCCUUCUCUCAAGUCACUCUUUCUGCUCUGACAGAAGCCUUCCCCAGACCAGGCGGAACACCCCAAAUGAUGGAGGCAGAACUAGUCGAUAUGAUCCAACGCGGCAUCCUCAAUGCCAGAAUCGACACAGUGGACCAACUACUCAUCGCUCCACCAAAGGACUCCCGCGCCGAUGCCCACCGCGGUGUCAUCGAGACCGCCGACGAAAUCGAACAUCUCUUGCGUCUGAAAUUGCACAAGAUCAACAUGGUUCAAGCCGGUCUGGAAAUCCAGGCCCCUAAAACAUCAAAGGGAUCGAAGAAUCCUGUAGCUUCGGCCUGGGGACCUGGUCAGACGCUCGGUUAG